AUGGUUGCAGGUAUAAACAAUACACAGUGUAAUCACGUCAACGGUACGUGUUUAGGAGGGUGUUCUGCAGGUUUCAAAGGAUUCCUUUGUGACAAAGAAUGUGAAGGAGGAACGUACCGUGUAAACUGCCCCCAGACCUGUGGUCACUGCUUAAACAAUGAACAGUGUCAUCAUAUCAACGGUUCUUGUUUACAGGGAUGUUCUCCUGGAUACAAGGAACCCCUCUGCAAGACAGAAUGUGAUGGUGGGAUGUAUGGUCUAAACUGCAGUCAAGUCUGCGGUCACUGUCUUAAUUAUGAACAAUGUCAUCAUAUCAACGGUACUUGUUUACAGGGAUGUUUUAAUGGGUACAAAGGAUCUCUCUGCAAUUCUGCGUGUGAUGGAGGUAUGUAUGGAAACAACUGUAAUCACAGCUGUGGACAUUGCAUUAACGAUAUUCAGUGCAACCACGUCAACGGUUUAUGUUAUGGAGGGUGUUCUGUAGGCUUCAAGGGAUUGCUUUGUGACAAAGCAUGUGACAGUGGAAUGUAUGGUGUUAAUUGUAAUCAAGUAUGUGGUCAUUGUCUAAACAAUGAACAGUGUCAUCAUAUCAACGGUUCUUGCUUACAAGGAUGUUCUAAAGGAUACCAGGGAUCCCUCUGCAACAUUGCGUGUGAGGAUGCAAAGUAUGGUUAUAACUGCAAUGAAAGCUGUGGACACUGUAUGAACAAUACCACGUGUGACCAAAUCAACGGUACAUGUCCAGGAGGGUGUUCUGUAGGAUACCACGGGCUUCUUUGUACAAAUGUUUGUGGACGAUCGUACUGGGGAGUCAAUUGCAAAGAGACCUGUAGUACAGAGUGUGUCAGCCAGACUUGUCAUCACGAAUCUGGACGCUGUCUAUCAUACGCGCAGGUAAUGUAA